AUGAACGAAGAGCUCGCCAUCUUCAUCGCCUCCCCUGACCCCGCCAGCACCCAAUUCUUCCCCUCGAGGAAGAGACUCACUCGUCGCUCUCGCAUCAGGCCUGCCUCGAUCUUCCACCCGGAAGACACCUCCCUCACACCGGAAGAACACUUCCCCUUGCAAACCGUCCGCGCCCCCAACCGCCCAGUCCACCCCGCUUCCAGGGAAGUUUUGCUUGUUAUCGACGCGUCAUGUAUCAAUAACGGCCGCCACGCGGAUAAAUCCUCCCCUCCCAUUGGCAGCUCCUCCUUCAAGUUUAAGAACUCACCUGGAACCCCAAAUGCGGCUGUGAUGCUCCCUUUGUCAGAGGAGUACAAUGGGCCCGUUACUGGGACAAUUGCCUUCCGUCUUGGGGAGAACCCCAGGGUGAUGUAA